ACUUUCGUUCUUGUUUUUGAAUAAAUUUGUUCUAUUGAACACAUUGAUAAUCCUGAUCCGAAUAACAACCUUUAUGCCGUUGCUGAUAGUCAAUGUACUUAUGGACUACUUUCAUUGUUUCAAUAUCAUGAUGAUGAAAAAUAUUCUAAAAGGGUGUGGAUGUGGGUAUGAGUGUGGGAUGUGGCUGUAGGUGGGUGUGGGUGACCGUUACAUCGUAUAUAUAAGACCUACGCCUCACAUCCACUCAUACCAACACUCACACCCUACUUGAAGUUAUUUAUUCCGUAAACAAAUAAGAAAAUGGUUUUUUCUUUUAUUCAGAAUACGUGAUGAAGAAUUAUCAGCAUCAUUACCAUGCAAAGUGCUUAGGGGUAACCAAAAGUUCUGUCAUCGUUAAAUAAAAAUAUAAAGAUAAGGAGAUAUUUUCAAUUUUAUUUCAUCAAAUGUUCACAAUAGUUAUUAUGAUUAUUUAUAGCAAGUUCAAUCCUUUCUAAUAAUUUGUUAAAAGUUAUUUUGAGCUCUUUUUCGAAAAUAAAAUUAGCUACCUGGGAAACCGCAUGAGCACAUCAUAUUUCAUUUAUUUAAUCAAUUCGACUAUAGUCAAUAGAAUUAUUUAACCAAAGAUUAUGCAGUAUUAGAUAUGACGAAUAUGGUGGAUACGACAUUAUAUUAAUGCCUUCUUCUGUCAAAUAGUAAAUAAUAUCGGAUGAGUGUAUAGUUAGCGAUGACCGUCAAGCAAUUUUGUAUCUUUUUGCACCUGACGUCUCUGUUUGUUUCUAUAUUAUAUUAACAAAAGGCUUCAGAUAAUUUUCAAUAUAAUACUUGUGACUUACGGUGCUGCCUUUAUCUACACUCAGGACUAUUUAAUUUAAUGAAUAUACGAAACAAAGGUUUGCUUGAAAUCUGUCUCCAUGAACAAUAGUCUUUGACGAAUCAUCUUCAAUAUGCCAGCUAGCAUCAGAUGAUUUAUCACUAACCUAUCUAAAAUAAAUCCAUAUAUCAUCACUAGUUAGUGCUAGAACACAAUUGACAUGAUCCAACAAAAUUUCGUUAAAUUUUAAAACAAAUGAAGUAUGCUGUGCUCAUGCGGUUUCCAAGGUAGCUAGAUUUUUUUUCGAAAAAGAGCUCAAAAUAACUUUUAAUAAAUUAUUAGAAAGAAUUGAACUUGCUAUAAAUAAUCAUAAUAACUAUUGUGAACAUCUGAUGAAAUAAAAUUGAAAAUAUCUCAUUAUCUUUAUAUUUUUAUUUAACGAUGACAGAACUUUUGGUUACCCCUAAGUAAAUACGCAAAAAAAUUAAUUUUUGCUUUUUCUACUUUGUUUCUUUGUAUAUGACAAAAGGAAUUUUAUAUAGUUGAAUCUGGUUUUUCAACUGAUGAUGCAAUUGACAUAAAUGACAAUAAUCGAGGUCGAGUUUAUGUUAAAACAAUUGAUCAUUAAUCUCAAGAAAGUUAGUUGAUUAGAAAUGUUUUUUUUUGUCCGAAUAUACAAAAAUUAUUAAAAACAUUUAGUUCAGAUCAAAGCAAUUCUACAAAAAAGGAUUGAAUGAAAAAAUGUACUUCGAAGUCUCGAAUCCAUUGUAAGACAAAAUCAUUUUAUCAUUUUGAUAAACAAAUAUAUUCAAUUUUAAGUUUUAUCAGAAUAGCGAAUUACAAAACGAUCAUCUACAUAUAUUCAUAAUUGUUCAUUAGAUAAGAACUAUAAAUCAGCUAAUGGUGAUGUAUUAACACCAUUACCUAAUAAGAAACAAGUUCAAUCAACUAUAGUUCAACGUAAUAUUUCAAUAAUUGCUAAGAAAAAUGUUAAUACACCAUCACGAAGUCAAUCCAUAACAACAUCAAGAACUCUUUAA